AUGUCUCAAUCAACCCAAGAUGUAACAAUAGACGAUGUCGUCUCCCUCACCCAAACCCUCGUCCAAAUCGAUUCCUCCACCCCAGGCUCCGGCACAAACACCACCGGCGAAACCGCCAUCGCAAAGUACAUAACCGCCUGGCUGCACCACCGCUCCAUCGAAACCCACUGGAUCGAAGAAAUCCCUAAUCGGCCGUCUGUGGUCGGAAUUGUUCGCGGCUCCGGGUCAGGCAAGUCGCUCAUGUUCAACGGCCACACCGACACCGUCACCCUACAAGGCUACACAGACGACCCCCUAAGCGGGCACAUCGCCCCAGACGGCAGAUUAUACGGUCGCGGAUCCGCAGAUAUGAAAUCCGGUCUCGCGGCAGCAAUGGUCGCACUCGCGCGCGCGAAACAACUCCACCUCUCCGGCGACGUCCUCCUCGCCGCCGUCGCCGACGAAGAAUGCGAUAGUAUCGGCACCGAACAGGUCCUUGCUGCUGGGUGGCGCGCCGACGCAGCGAUCAUCGCCGAGCCGACGGAGUUCGCUAUCAUUAAUGCGCACAAGGGGUACGUGUUGCUGGAGGUCGAGGUGCGUGGGGUUGCGGCGCAUGGCUCGCGUGCGGAUUUGGGUGUCGAUGCGAUUUGCAAGGCUGGGUAUUUCCUGGUCGAGCUGGAUCGGUAUGCCACAGACUUGCAGGGGCGUUCGCCUACUGGGGAGAGGCUGGAUGCGCCGAAUGUGCAUGCUGGGGUUAUCAAGGGCGGUGCGGAGAUUAAUUCGUAUCCGGCGUCUUGUGUCGUUGAGAUUGAGCGCAGGACGAUAGCGGGCGAGACGGAUGAGUCUGUGAAACAAGAGGUACUGGAUAUAUUGAGCAAGCUGGAGUCUACAGUCCCUGAUUUCAGCUUCGAGCUGCGUGUGACUUCGUAUCGGCCGCCGUUUGCUAUUGCAAAGGACCAUCCGUUUGUCAAUCUGGUUGUUGAACAGGCUGCCAGGACUACGGGGAGUGCGCCGCCGAUUAAGAGCGAGACGUACUGGACUGAUAUGGCCCUGCUGGAUGAGGUGGGCAUUCCGGGUGUCAUUUGGGGGCCCAAGGGGAGUGGACUGCAUUCAAAGGAGGAGUCUGUCGAUGUGCAGUCGAUUCGGGACCUGAAGGAUUCGUUUGUGGCUAUCAUGGAGAGAUUCUGUCAAUAA